AAUUUCAAUUUGAUUUAAAUUCAGUUCAAUUCAUGGCAAAAAUAAUAUAAGUUUAUAUGUACAGACAAGGGCAUGACUGUUGCUCAGAUGUACUGUGUUUUUUUUAGGCUAAAUCGGUUCAGACUGGAUUUAAAUGGGUUAGAAAUGAGUUUGACCAGUGGCUGAUUUCCAGACUAAGGACACACGCAGGCCUGACUUGUCAGAGAAGUGUGAAGUUCUCAGGUGAAACCCCUUCAUUAGACGGAUCACAUCAAACUGAUAAUUGUCGUCGAGCAGACUUUAAAGAGUAACUUCCCACAUAAGGAAUCUAAUUAUUUUGCUUUCUAUCACAUUAUCCGUCUAUUUGGCCUUAUUCACACCCCAGUGACAACGAACGACGUCCUUCGCGAAGGUUGCGUUUUGUCACUUGAGGUUUUCUUUGAACUCGCCUUUUUUCCGCCUGAGCUGUGAACCCAUAAACCUCCGGAGAUGCUGCUCACAUAUAAAAACGCUUUCGCCAAACUCCUGCUCAGAAUCUGCUUUGUCAUCCCCCUGAAUGUAAUCCUCGCCAGCAAACACGCGUUAGAGUGUCGGGGUAUUUCUAAUAUGGACCUGGAGAUUGUCGCAGCUAAACUACUGUACGGGUGGAAGAGCGACGACAGCGCGUUUGGAGAAGAUGUGGACGCACUCCAGUCCUCCUCACCAGACUCCCCCUCCGUAGACUCCAUGUGUUCCUCGCCGGAGAUGUGCUACUCCAGCGGGCAUCAAGAGAUCAAUGAUUUCUCUUUUAGCCUCACAGGACGCAGGGGGGCUCCGGCUGCGCAAAGGCAGAACAAGCCCAAGAUGUCCACCAAAAGACGCAUGAAGGCCAGCGAGAGGGAGAAGAUGCGCAUGAGGAGUCUUGCUGAGGCUCUGCACCAGCUCCGGGACUACCUGCCGCCGGACUACAGCAAAAGAGGCCAGCCCCUCACCAAGAUACAGACCCUCAAAUACACCAUCGAAUACAUCAACAAGCUUUCCGACAUCCUGAGUCACGCGUAACGGAGCUCUUUUACGCACGGGGGUUGUCCGCAUUACUGGACAUUUGAUGGACUUGACUUGAUCUCCAAUGAAAAGUACCACAUUCUAACUUAAUCAGUAAAUGUCAUGUAAUAUUUUUUCUCUUUGCCCUUCAUGUGAUGUAAAUAUUUUUAACGGGCACUUGGCAGUUAUUUUCUUUUGUAUACGAGACUGCCUUUGUCGGGAUUUAAGUGUUUGGAAACUAAGUUUGCUGUUAACUAAGAUGUAUAUGUUGUUGGCUAUGAAAAUGCAACCGCACUGAUGAAACAAAAUAUAUCAAAUAAUGUCUGUUGUGGGUUUUUAAAGUAUUGUUUUUUAUGUCUCAUCUAUGGGAUAGUAGUAUUUCACCAUAGUGCAUGCUAAAUGUGUGUUUGGGAGUGACAAUAAACUAUUUCCAUGAUUAAGCUUUUAAUAUAUAUUAGAAAUUAAGUAGCUGUAUGAUAUUUUGAAGUUUUGUUUUGUAUAAAGCUAUUAAAUAAUUGUUGCUUUUGUGAAGGACCAGCAAACUAUUAAAUU